AUGUCCGAACAACUAUCGAUUUACGAUCAAGUGGAAAUUGAAGAUCUCACAUUCGAUCCUGAUCAGCAAAUAUUCACAUAUCCAUGUCCGUGCGGAGACCGAUUUCAGAUUACACUAGAGGAUAUGAAGGACGGUGAGAAGAUCGCCGUUUGCCCGUCAUGCUCUUUGAUGGUGGAGAUUAUCUUUGAAAGAGAAGAUCUCGAUGAUUACAUAGAUGAAGUGGAAUAA